AACAAAUCCAAGAUGGCGUAUUCCAAAUGCAUUUUGAUCACACCUCCCCCCACAGAAGGACAGGUUCAAUAUCAAGCGUAUCUCGACCAUGUCGCUCAGAGAUCCAAGGCAGUUCAUUCUAGCACAUUGAUUUGCACGAGGCGCUAAAUAUGGAGUAGAAAAACUAGCUUCGAGGUUUGGAAUGCGAAUGUGAUUUCAGCUGCAUUUCUCUGAUGGGCUGCGGGGCUUCUAUAAAAGCCACCUCCCAAUUGGUCGACGUUCGCCCAGUAACCAAUCAGAGUUGCCGUACUAUUGACAUACCUGUCUCAAGCGACGGUGAGGACGAAGGUGAGAGUUUCCCGACACGUGACCUUCCGAGUUCUAGAGCACUUGAUCAAGAAUCACUUAUGGAGCACCGGCAGGACAUGAGUCAAGAACUGGGUCCACCAAUGAGUGAAGUCAUGCAGAGAGCGGUGUUUGGGGAUCUCAGUGUGCAGUUUGCCGAGGACGUAAAGAUCGUCCGGAUCUUUACAAGUUCCACCUUCACAGAUACGUCGGUUGAGAGAAAUGCUCUCAUGUCCCGCGUCUAUCCCCGACUGCAGUCGUUUUGUCGAGAACGAGGCUACGAUUUCCAAGUAGUAGACCUUCGAUGGGGGAUCCGCGAAGAGGCUGUCGAUGAUCAUAUCCUCACUGAGCUUUGCAUGAAGGAGAUAAAAGAGUGUCAGAAACUAUCGACUGGACCCAACUUUAUCACAUUUCUGGGUCAGAAGUACGGCUACCGUCCCCUGCCCCACAAGAUAGAUUCCAGAGAGUUCGAGAAACUUCUUUCCGUCAUUACCUCCGCCGAAGACCUCGACCUCGUGAAGUACUGGUACUGGCGGGACGACAAUAACGUCCCCCCGGAAUACAUUUUACAGCCAAUCAGCUCCAGGCUGCCUCACUUUCGUGACGCCGAGCAUGCGCAGUUGCGUCGAGAUGCGUCGGAUAAAUGGUGGGCCGCGUACGAAAGGAUUCAUGGGAUAUUGCGCGUGGCCGCGGACAAGGCUUUGAGCGAGAGUGCCGCUAGGAAAUAUCACAUGUCAGUCACGGAGGAGGAAGUGCGGGCUGGCGUGCUCGAGUCGACACACCCCGACAAGCAGUGCUUCUGGUUCAAGCGCGUUAUUAACGACCUACGCGAGAAUUCCACCAAACCCAAAGCACCUCUUUACAUCGAUCAGAACAGAAUGGACCAAGCUAUUGAUGAGGUCGCACAGAAUCUCCUAGAAGUGCUUAAGCAGGAUGAGAUCGCCACGAGGCUGCCACGUGAUAAUGUGAUUACGUACAAUGUCCAUUGGUCGGACGAAGGGAUAGACCCAGAGUCUUGCGAGGAACAUCAGAAUUACAUCAAGGAAUUGUGUGAUCAUUUUUAUGACACUCUGAAAGGAUCUAUACAAGAUGCUAUCGCCGAAAAGGAGAAAACCAUUGAGAGAGACUCCCUUGCGAAAGAGUUAUUUGACCAAGGGACGUUUUGUCAAAAGAAGUGCAAGACUUUUCAGGGGAGGAAACAAUUUCUUGGCUCCAUUAGGGAAAGGAUUCAGAACCCGCGAAGGAUUGUGGUUAUACAUGGAGAAUCGGGGUGUGGUAAAACGUCAAUCAUGGCCAAGGUCGCUAUGGUGAUGAGAUCGUGGAUGACGUCAUCACUCGAGGCAAGUGAUCCCGAGUCUUGUGCUGUCGUGUAUCGUUUCCUUGGGACAUCCCCCGACUCAUCCAGUACACGGUUGCUUCUUCAUAGCAUUUGCUCUCAACUCUGUCGGAUCGCGGGAGUUACCCUUGCACGAGUACCUGAGGAUCUAAAAUCACUGUCGGAAUAUCUCCCAGAAUGCCUCGCACGCGCUUCACGGCAGCAUAAGAUCGUUCUUGUGCUCGACUCGCUGGAUCAGCUGACCGGGGACACAUUCGGACAGGAGCUUGACUGGUGGCCAAAACAGCUACCGGACAACGUGUUUGCCGUCCUGUCUACCCUCCCUGGGGAAGAAUACCGAUGCUUGCCGUAUCUGAAGGCCCUCUUACCGGAGACGUGCUUUAUGGAGGUCCCAGUGCUAUCAUUUCACGAGGCUGACGUCAUCCUCGAAGGCUGGCUGCAGGAAGCGGGUCGCUGCCUUCAGCCUCAUCAAAAGAGUGCAGUACUUGAAGCCUUCAAAUCGUGUCAGCUUCCUCUGUACUUGAAACUUGCGUUUGACGAGGCAAUCCGAUGGAGGUCCUAUACGGAUAAGAGCGAGACAAUUGUGAAAAAAGACGUGAAAGGAAUCAUCAAUGCGUUGUUUGAUAGGCUUGAAAGGCUACAUGGAAGGGUUUUAGUUAGUAAAGUCUUUGGUUACAUCACUGCGUCAAGGUCUGGUCUAACACAACCCGAGCUCGACGAUCUGCUAUCGCUAGAUGACACGGUACUGGAUGACAUCUAUCAAUUCUGGACUCCACCAAUCAGGAGAAUGAUCCCGUUGCUAUGGUUCCGCUUACAUGCCGACGUGCAAGAUUACUUAAUUGAAAGAGGGGCAGAUGGGAUACCUGUGGUAUACUGGUACCACAGGCAGUUCAUAGAGACUGCUGUGGAACGGUACUUGAAGGAAGACGAAGUUUUGAGGUUUCACGCAAAUAUGGCUGAGUUCUUUAGUGGAAAAUGGUCCGACGGGAAAAAGAAACCACACAAGACCAGAGAAGGUACAACUGUAGCUAAAGAUCGUCUUAUUGCUAAGCAACCACUGAUGUUCGAUGAGAACCCUGUCAAACCUGUUUUCAACCGGCGAAAACUGAAUGAAUUGCCUUUUCAUUUGGUUCGAUCGAAAAACGUCGAAGAACUUAAGCUUCAAUCACUAUGCGACUUCGACUUCCUUGCUACCAAGAUAAGAGCCACAUCCUUAGAUGAUGUCAUUGAAGAUGUUUCCAUGGCUACCAGCGUUUUCACCAAUGACAAGGAGCUUCUUCUGAUAGAACAGUUCUUGCAUUUGUCAUCGAUGGCACUGAGGCAUGACGGGAACCAGUUUGCGGCCCAAGUGUUAGGACGUCUGUCACACGUGACUAGCCAAAGCAACAAAUAUCCUUUUCUCGUCAAACUUGCUUCUAAAGCCAGUCAAGCCAGUUUAUCUGAUGUCCCCACGUUUGUUUCAAGCCAAAAAUGCUUGACCUGCCCUGGCGGUGUGCUGAUGUCAUCAACUGUUGUAAAUGAUCAAAAUGCAUACUGCGCGUUCAGCUGUGACAGAGAAACCGUCUUUGUUUGCUCGGCCUCCAAACUAGGUCUGGAUAUCCAAAUUCUAGCUGCUGCAACAGGGAAAAUAGUUGGAAGAGUAAGCCUAAGGCUGCCUGAGGACGAAAGAGCGUUUCGUUGGAUGCUACGAGCAAGUGAAUUGAAAGACGGCCAUCUUCUCGUUGGUGGGGCGCAGCAUCUGAUGCUUGUCGACACCCAAAUAAAACAGAUCAUUCGCCGCUUCAAAGUGCUUAGCCAGCCGAUGCUAAACGUUGUCUACCCCUUCUCGUUCCUAGAUGAUGAAAAACUAGUCGCAGCUAUGGGCGAUACCGGAGUAAAGAUUUUUAGCACAGAGACCCAGGAGCUAGUUCGUGAAUUGCCUUUGCCUGAUAUCGGAGUAGAGACGCUAAAGGCAUUAGAUGCAAAAGAUGACAUCAUCGUUUAUAGUGCCCAUGAAGAAGGCUUUCAUCUCCUUAAUGCUAAGAACGGUGAGGAGUCAACUGUUUUCAAGCUGGAUGAAAGGGUCAAAGAAAUAAGGAUUUCUGCUCAGAGGGAAGUCGUCGUUCUAACAGCCAAGACGAAGAACUUGCACAUCUUUGAUCUGUCGUCACAGCACUUGCUCCGCGUCGUUGAGUGCUAUGAUGCGUACUUCGGGUUAAACAGGUUGCACAUUACAAUGGAUGGCCUCAAGGCAGUCAGUUUCAUCGAUAAAGAAAUCAUCAUAACCCACCUCUGCCGCAAUGAAGUAAAGAAGAUCCCUAAGCACUCUCUUUUUCAAGAAAACAUUGAUUGCACAAAUGUGUACUCCGAUGAUGGUAAUAAACUCUAUGCCAUAUGUCAUGAUAAAGUCCUCCGAAUUUACAAUCUCGCCAAAGUAGAAUCUUACGGAUCCAGUCAAAAUUCCGAUGAUAGCGUCAUCGGUAGCUCGUAUCCUAGCAACGACGAUUGUUACCUAGCAACCAAAGCUAUCAUGAAUGGGCAGAAGGAGUUGCAAAUGUGGUACGUAAGUGACGGGGUCCCGAAAAUGGUGCGUUGCUUACGGUACUCGUGUGGGUUGAACGAGCUUCGAAUGUGUAGCCCUACGAGGGGUGUCCUAAAGGUCUUCAAUGAGCACAACCAAACAUUCCUGUUUGGUGUUAUUGAUCUGAGGGCAGGCAAGAUCGAGAGAUUCCUACCAGGGGAUGCAGGAGUACUUUGGGCUAUCGGUUUCUUUGAUCAGCAUCAUUUCGUUGCAUUUUCCCGAGAAAAAGGAUUCAUCAAGAUCUGGAACAUCGAGAAGGGUAGAGUCUCUCACAAAUACAACAUUGGUAAGAAGCGACCGAUUUCUGAAGCUAUCAUGUCCAAGAAUGGCGCCGUCAUCAUCUGUGCGUUGCUGGCUGUCGAUUCAAAGAAAAGACGAUCGCUACCGCUUGUGUCAUUUUACUGUAAAUCAGGAAAGAACCGUGUACUGAAGAUUAAGGGAGAAGAGCUGAAGCUACAAGGGGCCUCGAUAUCAAGAGAAGGUGAAGUCCUCGUCGCCCUUACCAAGGACGGUACGCCAACAGUAUGGUCCAUACCGGACGGGAAAUUGAAGCUUCUACUUGAAACUGAUGACGUCAGAGUAACCAAUGUGUCACGAAGGUGUGACGUCAUCAUAACGUGCAAAGGUGCCCACGAUUGCCGCCUGCAGAUGUGGAGUAUGGACAGCGGUAGCCUUCUUGCGGUCUUCGACACACCGCCAACCCACAAGAUUCUCAUGCAGCCAUCAGAGAAGUUAGCUUACACGUUCCACCGUAACACGUUUGACGCAUGGGACUUGGUGAACGGUGAGAGAAUUGCGAGUAUGACGUUGGAUUGGGAGCCCACGCCCCUGCACGUGCACGCCCUUGGAGGCGUCCUUGUUUUCCCUGUUCCGAAGACACCUCUCCUGAUCUCACUUGGGAUCAAGUCGGAAGAGAAGACGAGAAUCGGAAAUGCGUAUGAGGGUGUUCCCCUACAGAAGGAACUUGUUUUUAACGCUUGUAGCCAUUAGCUGGACACACGGGGUUCUUCAAGGAUCUGUACUUGAACUGUCAUGCAUAUUAAAGUGUUUUUGUUCACAGAGAACUAUUUUUAACGCUUGAAGCCAGUAAUUGAAGCCACGGGGUUAACCAAGGCAAUGCACUUGGACUACUUGUAUAACAUAUUUACCAAAUAUGUGGCCAUAUAUAAACGAGUGAAUUUCAUCCACAAAGUGCUUGUUCUUAGCGAUCUUUGCAAUAAGCUUCCACAAGCACUGUACUUUAAUUUUUUUUAAUGCAACCAUUUAACUCACAUAAUUUUUCACAAAAGAACUUAUAACCGUGAGGGAAUGCAUAAUGUACUCGGAUUUUUAGUUACAUAUUUAACAACAGUAUAUAUCGUCAUAUAUAUGUGGGUCACAUGGAGUGACCCCUCCUCACAUAUGAACUAUUGCUUUGCUCUUGUAUCCAGUUAGUUAACUCAUGUAAUGUAUUUUUUAUGGAAAAUACAAAAGACAUCAACUUG